AUGGCGGCAGAGAUGGUGCUGAGCCACCGGGCGCCCCAUGAGGUGCUGAGCGAGGCCGAUCUGGAGGAGGUGGCGCAGCGGAAACCUCCCGCCGAGCCCUCACUGCGUGGCUGUCUCCGCAAGACAAGGCCCCGCUACCCGGUCAAGGACUGGCUCCUGGGGGACAUUGCCUCGGGCUUCAGCGUGGGCAUCAUGCACCUGCCCCAGGGCCUUGCCUACGCACUGCUGGCCGGGCUGCCGCCUGUCACCGGUCUCUAUUCCUCCUUUUACCCCGUCUUCCUCUACUUCUUCUUCGGGACAUCCAGGCACAACUCUGUGGGUGCCUGUGGACCUCAGAGAGGUCCUGGUGCUGAGCUGGGCUCCCUGCCCACACCCUGCUUGUCCCCAGGCCCCUUUGCCGUCAUCUCUGUCAUGAUUGGGAGCGUGACGGACUCUUUGGUGCCCAGCGAGAACUUCCUGGAGUCCGUCAACGGCACCAACAUCACGAAGGUCAAUGAGGAACAGCGCGACGCCACCAGGGUGGAGCUGGUGGCUACCAUCACUGUCCUGACAGGCAUCUUCCAGGUGGCCCUGGGCCUCCUGCAGUUUGGCUUUGUGGUGACCUACCUCUCGGACCCGCUGGUGCGUGGCUACACCACCGCUGCCUCUGUGCAUGUCCUCGUCUCCCAGCUCAAGAAUGUCUUUGGGGUCUCCCUGGGCGAGCAUUCAGGGCCGCUCUCGCUGUUCAUGACCUUCAUUGAGAUCUGCCAGAAGCUGCCAGAGACCAACGUGGGCACCCUGGUGACGGCCAUCAUUGCCAUGGUGGCCAUCUUCAUCGUGAAAGAGCUCAACCACAAGUUUGCUGCUAAGCUGCCCAUGCCCAUCCCCAUCGAGCUUAUCACGAUCAUUGUCUCCACUGGCAUCUCCUACGGCGUCAACCUGAACACCAAGUUUGGCAUCUCCGUGGUGGGCAACAUCCCCAGCGGGUUGAAGCCGCCCGUGGUCCCUAACGUCAGCUACUUUGGGCAGGUGGUGGGCAACGCCUUCGCCAUUGCCGUGGUGGGCUACGCCAUCUGCAUCUCCCUGGGCAAGAUUUUUGCCCUGAAGCACGGCUACAAAGUGGACAGCAACCAGGAGCUGAUCGCGCUGGGCCUCUGCAACUUCCUGGGGGGCUUCUUCCAGUGUUUCGCCAUCAGCUGCUCCAUGUCGCGGAGCCUGGUGCAGGAGAGCACAGGGGGCAACAGCCAGGUAGCCGGUGUCAUCUCAUCCCUGGUCAUCCUGGUGACCAUCCUGAAGAUUGGAGAGCUCUUCCGGGACCUGCCCAAGGCCAUCUUGGCUGCCAUCAUUAUCAUCAACCUCAAGGGCAUGUUCAAGCAGUUCGAUGACCUCCGCACGCUGUGGAAGUCCAACCGGGUGGACCUGAUGGUCUGGAUUGUGACAUUCGUGGCCACCCUCACACUGAACUUGGACAUUGGCCUGGGGGCCUCGGUGGUCUUCGGGCUGCUCACCGUCAUCUUCCGCACCCAGCUCCCCCACUACUCCAUCCUGGGGCGCAUCUCCGACACUGAUGUCUACAGGGACGUGGCUGAAUACCAGAUGGCACAGGAGGUCCCCGGUGUAAAGAUCUUCCGCUCAUCCUCCACCCUCUAUUUUGCCAACGUGGAGCUGUACGCUGAGGCCCUGAAGAAGAAGACCGGCAUCAACGUGGACCGCCUGAUCCAGAAGAAGAAAAAAGCCCUCAAAAAGCUGAAGAAACAGCAGAAGAAAGCGGAGAAGGAGGCAAAGAGGAAAAAGGUGCUUCCCUGCUGCAGGGGACUGCCCCGGUGGCACCCUGCACCACCUCCCUGCCUGGCCCUCCUGCCCGUGCAUUUGCCGGGCUCAGUGGCCCGUGGGGCUGCCUCAGUCUGGGGCCACUGGGAUGUGGAGGACACGGUUAAUGGUCCGGGUGUGGCGGUGAUCAAGCUGAGCGGGGCGGAGGGCAGCACGCCCCCCGAGCCCACCCUGCGCACCCUGGGGCUGCCCCAGCCUGGCUUCCACUCUGUCGUCUUGGACUUCAGCCCUGUCAGCUUCAUGGACACCGUGUCCAUCAAGAUCCUGAAGAAU